AUGUUAUUUUCUAGAUGUCGUUAUGAAUUAAACAACCUUAAACAACUGUGGGAAACUGUGAGAGUUAUAGAUGAACAGCAGAGUGAGUGGAAACGCCAUCGCUGGCAGAAGAUGAACACCAAGUUUUUACGGGAAGAAACGAAUAAACAACUAGAAAUUGUACGAAAUCUCUCAGAUGAUAUUUAUACAUGGGAUGUUUUUAUGGGACUUCAUGAAUCUAUUACCACUAUACAGAGUUGUCUACCCCUGAUCGAUGAUCUGAGUAAUCCAGCAAUGAGAACGGGACAUUGGAAACAGCUAGUACGAGUGACAGGGGGAGCUCUAACUAUCGAUAAUGAUAUGUUAAAACGUAUGACCCUUGGUGAACUGCUUAGCCUUGGCUUACAGAAACAUGUCGAUGAUGUGCGAGCUAUAGUACAGAGAGCAGCUAAAGACUUGACGAUAGAACAGAGUUUAAAAACAUACGAAGAAGUUUGGUUGAGUAAAGUGUUCGAGUUACGAUCACACAUCAGAACAAAAUCAAUCCAACUUUUGAUGCAUACCGAUCCAAUAUUUGAUGAACUAGAGGGUCACCAGGUGUCACUACAGACCAUGCAGAGCAGUAGCGCUGCAGGUUCCUUCCUGGACGAGGUGAUGAAGUGGCAAAAACGCCUUCAAACUAUCGAAGAUGUUUUAACAACGUGGCUGGAAGUUCAAGAAAAAUGGAUAGAGUUGGAAGAGGUAUUAAUUGCUUGA